AUGGAUUUCUCUGAUCCACAAGGAGGGAAAGGCUCGUGCGAUCGGAAGGCUGCUACGAUCAAAUCACACAUGGCAGUUCAUUUAAAUUCAGGUCAUGAUAUCGAAAACCCUGUACAGAUGAAGGAAGAGAUUGAUUCAUUCGGAGGUGUGCCUGGAGUUGAAUUCACGAUAUGUGGCUCUAGAUAUUCUAAAGGAUGUCGAAACAUCAAAUGGUCAGGAGUCGGUCUCUUGAAUAAUAUCCAGUUUAACGAAGAAGGUUUGAAAGUGUGGAAAGAAUACAAUGUUGGCCAUGGUAAAUCUAUACUAUGGAAAAACAUUGAUGCUCCAGGUGAAGAAAUAGUGACGAGCGUUGUGAUAAAGAAAAGUCCUUCAAAACCAAAUUUUGUCUGA